AUGAGUAAUAUGGAGCUGGGCAUUGAAUUGUUUUCGCCAGAGACUCUCCUAAAAACGGACACAGAUAUGGGCAACGUAGAUGACACGAUGGCCAGUUCCAGCAACAAAGUGCUGACCGCCAAAGAGGAUGAGCUCAUAUCCAUGGAAACGCUCAGAGAAUCGCCAGUGCAGUGGCCAACGCGUUUUCCGGGCAUGGAUGAAUUUAUGACCAUGAGCCAAACACCAAUACACACUCCAAGCUCUGAAUGCACACAAAACUUGACCAGUGCAGACAGGGCGAGGAUCACUCAGCUGGCUAGUCUAACACCCGAGCAGUUGAUAGAGAAGAUUAAGACAAUGCAUGAUGAGAUCUAUCAACUGGGCCUGCGCGAAUCCAAGGAAAUGACACGAGGCAAAUUGUUGGGAAUAUUUGAUCGAAUGGCCAAAGUGAAGAAAUAAUAAGCAGUUAAUGUUUGUUGCCUGUAUUAUAUAAAGUUAAUUUUACUUCGAUUUGCAUAAACAUGUGCUUAUACGUAGCCUAAAUUUAAUGCAUAUUAAUAUUUUUGUAAUAAAAAGAGCAAUUGUUAAA